UGCUGAGGGAUCUACAGUGAUGAAAAAAGAUUUGUUCUUCCGUGCUUUGUUUUACAUCUCUGCUUAUUUCCUCACAGUACAGUGCUGUGGAUACAAACCCUUUAUUUGUGUAUGUUAUGCAGCCCAUCUGGGACAAAAUUAUUAAGAUAGUGCCUUUGUGGAUUGCUCCCAACGUGUUAACCUUCUCUGGAUUUGUGAUGAUUUUAGUUAAUUAUUUUCUAAUAUCUUUUUAUGACUGGGACUACACUGCCUCAGGUACCAGUCCUGGACUUGUUCCAACCUGGGUGUGGGUAUUCAGUGCUUUUACCACCUUUUGUGCUUAUACUUUAGACUCCAUAGAUGGGAAACAUGCUCGAAGGACUCAGUCCAGUAGUCCCUUGGGAGAAUUAUUUGACCAUGGACUGGAUAGCUGGGCUACCUCCAUUUUUUUGCUUUCUUUUUUUUCUGUCUCUUCCCGUGACAAUGGGAAGACUGGAGUUUCUGUAUAUACAAUGUAUAUAUAUUUAAGCAUUGUCUUGUUUAACUUUAUGUGUUCACACUGGGAAAAGUAUAACACUGGAGUUCUUUUUCUUCCUUGGGGAUACGAUCUAAGCCAAGUGGUAUUAAUAGCAGCAUAUCUGCUGACUGGUGCUGUUGGCGUGGAAGUAUGGCACAAGCCUCUCCUGUUUGGUUAUUACAUUACAGAUGUAUUAGUAAUCUUGCUAAUAGGCUCCAGUUUAUUUCUUUCAUUUCCACAAACACUAUACAACAUUCACAGAGCACAUUUAAAGAAAACACUGAAGAAUGGUUCUUUGUAUGAAGGACUUCUACCUCUUGUGUCACCUCUGUUGCUGUUCGUUCUUCUUACGGUCUGGGUGGUUUUAUCGCCAGGCAACAUAUUAGCAAAGCAACCAAGAUUGUUUUUGUGGAUGGUUGGGGUUGCUUUCUCAAAUGUUAUUUGCAAAGUGAUAAUUUGCCAGAUGAGCAGCACCAGACCUGAGCUUUUCCACUGGUUCCUGUUUCCGCUGGCUCUUGUGGUCUAUGCAGCAACCUCGGGGCUCCUGGGCUGGAUGGAAGAAAUCGCACUUGCCAUAUUCACCGCGUUGGUCACGGCCGCUCAUGUGCACUAUGGUGUUUGCGUGGGGAGGCAGCUGAGUGAACACUUCAACAUUUACAUCUUUUCCUUGAAGAAACGUGUCCAAGAAUGAACACUUGCACUUUGGUCAGAUUGUAACACUUAACAUGGCAAUUCACGGCUGUUUUUCUGUGGUAAACAGUGGAAUUAUUUUAAUUAAAAUAACCAAAGAAUAGAAGAGGCCAGAUAUUCAAGCCACUGCGACAAUGAGCUACACAGGAAGAUGCUUCAUCUCAGAGAAAAUUCCUGCCCAGCAGUGACCAGUGUUUACCAAGAUGGUCAGCUGCUAAUAUUAUUUGUUCUCUUUACUAAUGCCAUGUAACUACCCACUCCUAAGCUUUUGUCUUCCUCCUUCUUGCCGCUGUCUCUGAAGUCCUGGAUCAGUCCAGCCUGGGUUACACAGGAUCGUUGGUAUUUUAUAACCAGUACUGGUUUUGUCCUGUCUAUUCACCAGUGGGACCUCUGACAAUGCACGCUCUCCCUGUAUGUCCUUCCCCUUCAGACAUCUGUGCCGGCUCCGUUUUCCUUGUUUCACAUCUCAUUUCUUCCAUACAGCCUCAUGAAGGGCUUUCCCACCUUCAGUCUUGUCUUCACCUCGAAUUAAUGCAUGAAGAAAAGAGAACGAGAUCAGAAAACUGUGGGCACAGCAAAGUAUUUUUCAGACCUAUGAUUUUUUUGGCCGCUGUAUUCAGUCGAGUCUUAGCUGACCUGUAUCUGCCAGAAUGCAGGCUCCGGGCAGCAGGCACUUGCCUUUACUUAUUUUCUAUGUGGUAACAAGUGCAUUGUUGAUAUUUAAGUCCCGACAAACCUUUGAAGAUUCCCAUAUUCACUGCAAAACUAGUGUCUGAGUGAGCUCAGCACACAGCUUUCUAAACCACAAAGCAAGUGGUGGAAAAUGGGUCAGAUAGGUACAUUCUAAAUAUUUUUAAACCUCAUCUAUCAGUGCGAAAUGCUAAGCAAAUAAUUAUUUGCCUGUGUUCUUGAAUCAAAUUCUUGAGAUUUUUAGAUAAUGACUAAAAAAAAAGUUGAGGUGAGUUUUUACUAUUACACAUUUACAUGCAGACAUAAACUGCUCCCUUCAUAUAUAAUGUAUGUAGGUUUUCCGUGUGCCUUGGAGGAAGGAUGAGGACUUUGAGUUUCAACUCUUUUCAUAUGCUGCCCUAGCCAAAGGGACUCUGUGGCCUUGAAGCACUAAUGAAACAAUCUGUCUAUUUUCCCCAGGGAAAGCCUUAUAUUAUAUAUCUUGCACAGAGGAAUGUGAUUGACUGACUGGCGUUUUUGUUACAUAGUUCAGUAUCUCACUUGCCAGAAGCAGGGCAGCAGCACAGUUGUUUAGCCACUAAGCCUUGAGUUCACCUUUUUUAAUUCUGAGACCAUUUAUCUAGCUUUAUCCCUUGCCUGUUCAUAUUUUCCUCCAGUUAACAUAUUCUUACAUCAGUACUGCUUAUUAAUAUUUGCAGAUGAGCACCUACUAAUUAUAUCUUCCACCUGCAUAUUACGUGAACUGCUUCAAUUUAAAUUUGCAUGGCCAGUUACAGUAGUUGACCUGACAGGUUUUCAAAUCUACCACAAAGUUAGUAGGGCAGAUUUCCUCUGGCAGCUAAUUUAACGUAUAUGCCAGGGGACGAGUCUGCAUAUCAGGUGAUAGGGGAAAUAAGAGUUUGAUAUAGGCAUGCACUCAGCAAUCUCCCUGUUAGAUGAAGUUAAAUAUUCAGAUGCCAGAUAUACUGGAAGUUUAUUUUUAAUCCAUUCAUCACAGCAUCUGGAAGAAGCUCUGAUGAGAAACAAACAAUAACAGCUGUAUGGAAGAACUCCUAGGAUAGGCUUUCCCUCUGUUCUCCAUUUGCUUAUAAAACAGUUGGAAAUAAGGGACACUGAAGUAGCACAAUUUGAUGCACUGUAAUGGAAUACUUUGAAAAUACUUCAUCAGAUGAAAUUACAAAACUUGAACAGCCCCCAGCUACCUGCACAUGACCUUUCUAAGGAAAAGUAUAGUAUCAGUUUUAGAAGAAAUUAAGCUCUGACCACCUUGUUCAUAUUCUAUAUAAAGUCUGGCAAAUAACUUUUUUUUCUUUUAAAGCUGCUUGUCACUACAAGUUCUAUAAAGACAUGUAUAAACAUAGAUGAUGUAUUGCACAGUGUAUAUAUUGAAUUGUUGGCCAUUAUAGAUGGUAAAUUGGCUCAACAAAAGGGAAUAAAGAUGCCUUGGUCAUAGGGUAGCAUGGUGCCACAUUUAUUUUAUAAUGUCAGAUAAUGGUACAAAGACAACUAGAGUUCAGUCUAAGCUUCCUUUAACCUGCUUUUUUCUUUUUGGUCAGCUCAUAUACGGCAAAAAGUUUUCAACAUUCUGAACUGGAAAAAAAACCACUUAUUUUUUUUAAGCUGCGGAGCAUUCACACAAGUGCGUAGACGUGCUCCCCCGGCUCCUAUGCUUACGAAAAGCAGCAAAACUACAUUUGUUCUCCCAGGUCAGAGCACCCAGGCUGGGAAGGGGCCCUUGGGUGCUGCUCCAGAUGAGCAGCAGCAGCAGCA